ACGAACUCCAACUCCCAUAGUGCACUGCGCGGGGCGCUAUGACAACUUCCGGUUAGAACUUUCAGGAAAUUUCCUUCGCGUUGCGUCAAGUGUGAGCCGCGCAGUGAAGGUGAAGCGACUCGUGUUACCUGUCGGUUGUGUUCCUGUGUGUGUGUGUGUGUGUUUGUGUAGAAGUGAUGUUGGUGUCGAGGUUGGCGUGUCUGCGGGUUUACCCCGUAACCGGCCUGAGGUCGGCUCUGACCCUGAGAACCCCGGCUCUGAAACCUGCUGCACCUGUGAUCAAACCUCAACAGGGUUACUCCACCAAAGCGAGGUUCGGGCUGCGGCGCAGUAAGACAGCCAGAGAUCAGCUCCAGGAGGCGGCGUUUCAACCUGCUACAGACACGGCCAUCAAGAUUGAUCAGUUGGGGAGGAUUAUAGUAGCAGGUGGAGCUGCAGUAGGACUCGGAGCUGUGUGUUAUUAUGGACUCGGGAUGUCUAAUGAGAUCGGUGCAGUAGAGAAAUCCAUUAUCUGGCCUCAGUAUGUGAAGGAUCGUAUCCACUCCACCUACAUGUAUUUUGCGGGUAGUGUAGGUGUGACCGCUCUCUCCGCCGUGGCCGUCAGCAGAACUCCAGCUCUCUUGGGUCUCAUGAUGAGAGGAUCCUGGCUGGCUAUAGGAGCGACGUUUGCAGCGAUGAUCGGGGCCGGGAUGCUGGUCAGGUCCAUCUCCUACGAACACAGUCCUAUUCCUAAACACCUGGCCUGGAUGCUGCAUGCAGGUGUAAUGGGUGCAGUGGUGGCCCCCCUCACCCUGCUGGGCGGUCCCCUGAUGAUUCGUGCGGCGUGGUACACGGCGGGAAUCGUGGGCGGUCUCUCCACCGUGGCCAUGUGUGCUCCCAGUGAGAAGUUCCUGAACAUGGGUGGGCCCCUCGCUGUGGGCUUCGGGGUCGUCUUCGCUUCCUCUCUCGGCUCCAUGUUCCUGCCCCCUACGUCGGCGUUCGGGGCAGGUCUGUACUCAGUGGCUGUUUAUGGGGGUCUGAUCCUCUUCAGCAUGUUCCUGCUGUACGACACGCAGAAGGUGAUCAAACGAGCCGAGACGCACCCGCUGUACGCUGCCCACAAAUACGACCCAAUCAACGCGUGUAUGGGCAUCUACAUGGACACACUGAACAUCUUCAUGAGAAUGGUCAUGAUUCUGGCUAAUGGUGGUGGAGGAAAGAAGAAGUAAAUCAUCAUCCUCCUCCUCCUCCUCUUCUUCCUGUAGUAAUGAGGAAGUGAGAUCAGACUGUGAACUGUUGAUGAGCGAAAGAGGGAGAAAUCAAACCCAUUCCUGGUUCUGGGAUUUUCAUUUAUAUAAUACUUCAUCUGUCACACAUACAUGAGUUCCACACUGUCUGAUUAAAGAUGUUACAUGCAGUUAUUUAUUGAUAAAGUUCUAAUCAUAUGCAUGAUGAUCUUUGAACAUGUAUGCAGUGGAGCUUCAUUAGCGCCACCUCCAGGUCAUAAAACUCAGCUGCUGCUUCCUCUGCUUUGAAAGAGUUAAAUGUGAGGGGUUAAGUUCAGUUCACUGAGUGUUUCUUCCUGCAAUUCUUUUCUGUUUAUUUCUGCAAUAAAUGCAGUAAUAAAGACCAGACUGAGAUCAA